GGAUACAAUGCCAUCUGACGUUUACUGCUAUUUAAAUACAUUUAAUUAAUCUGGAAUAAAUUACAAAAUUAUAAAAAAAAACGUGCAAACCCUAAGUGUUUAGCAUCCGAAUAAGGUUGACAUUGUUUAAUUUAAUAUUUUUCAAAAUAGCAAUUCCGUGUUGGAUCUCUUUUUUGUUUUUGAAGUUCCUCAGAUCUUGCCAUCCAUUUCCGAUAGUCCUGGGAAAGCGUUCUUCUGCAUAGAUGAUACAGCGUUUAAUAUUUAAAGUACAUUUUUGCAGCGCAGCGCCAACGACGGAUGCCUCUGCACCCCGUUUCCCACUUUCACUUCACUUACAAUAUAAAUUAUUAUAUAUAUAGAUAAUCUCAACAGCGAGACAUAAUGCAAAUUGUUGUGGCGGCGCGGGGUGUGUAGUUUUCUAUCUCUGGGUUGGGAUUUCUGUUUAAAUAUUCAAAAUGGCGGACGGAGGAGCAACGAGUCAAGAUGAGAGUCCAGGGCCAGAUUCGAGAAUGAGCGAUCCGUCCGAGCGGACUAAGGAGGCCAUGGAGAGCCGGGACGGAAGUGCAGGUGCCCAAACAAACGGACUGGACUUUCAGAGGCAGAGCUCGCAAACGACGAGCACCAUUACCAACGCCCAUACGCAGGCUCUGCUGCAGCAGUUGACGCUGACUCCCGCGCAGCAGCUGCUGAUCCAGCAGGCCCAGGCCCAGCUUCUGGCUGCAGCCGUGCAGCACUCGGCCAGCCAGCAGAGCACCACCACCGGGGCCACCAUCUCUGCCUCCGCGGCCACGCCCAUCACACAGAUCCAGCCCAUUCAGAUCACACCUGACCUGCAGCAGUUCCAGCAGCUGCAGCAGCAGAACUUGAACCUGCAGCAGUUUGUGUUGGUGCAGCCGGGUCACCCCAUCGCCGCGCAGCUGCAGCCGGCGCAGUUCAUUAUCUCGCAGACGCCACAGGGGCAGCAGAGUCUUCUGCAAGCUCAGAAUCUCCUAACUCAACUACCUCAAAGCCAAUCCAACCUCCUGCAGACUCAGCCAAGCAUUGCCCUUACCACACAGCCGGCGACACCGACGCGCACGAUAGCCGCCACCCCCAUCCAACCCCUCCCACACAGCCAGACGACACCAAAGCGAAUGGACACGCCCAGUCUGGAGGAGCCCAGUGACCUGGAGGAGCUGGAGCAGUUUGCUAAGACCUUUAAGCAAAGGAGGAUCAAACUGGGCUUCACUCAGGGGGAUGUGGGACUGGCCAUGGGAAAACUGUACGGAAACGAUUUCAGCCAGACCACCAUCUCGCGCUUCGAAGCCCUGAACCUGAGCUUCAAGAACAUGUGCAAGCUGAAGCCGCUGCUUGAGAAGUGGCUGAACGAUGCAGUGUGUGCAGAGAACCUGACCUCGGACCAGGCCCUGUCCAGCCCCAGUGCCUUGGGAUCCCCGGGCCUGGGCGUGGAGGGCCUGAACCGGCGCCGCAAGAAGAGGACCAGCAUCGAGACCAACAUCAGAGUGGCCUUAGAAAAGAGCUUUCUGGAGCAGAACCAAAAACCUACCUCUGAGGAGAUCACCAUGAUUGCCGACCAGCUGAACAUGGAGAAGGAGGUGAUCCGCGUGUGGUUCUGCAACCGGAGGCAGAAGGAGAAGAGGAUCAACCCCCCCAGCAGCGGAAGCGCCAGCAGCACCCCCAUCAAAGCGAUCUUCUCUCCGUCCACCCCCUUGGUGCCCAGCACGGCCAGCCUUGUGUCCAGUAACCCACCGACCACGUUGACUGUAAACCCAGUUCUGCCUCUCACCAGCACGGCCGCCACCAGUCUCGCUUUUACAGGCACGACCCCUGGGGCAGCGACCACAAAUACGGCCUCAGUCAUCUCCACGGCCCCCAUGGCGACUUCUGCUAUGACCUCCCCUUCCUUGAGCCCCUCCCCGACGGUGCAGAUGGCUACGGAGGUGGGCAGAGCCCAGGAGACAAACGCGGAUACACAUUUGCCCUCCUCCCUGGCAUCUGCGCUGAGCGCCGGACAGGUGAUGGUGACUGCAUCGGGCCUCUCGGCUGCCCUGCAGGGUGCCGCCCAGCUGCCCACCAGCGCCGGACUGGCUGCCAUGGCGGCCGCCGCUGCCGGACUCGGCCCGGGCCUCAUGGCGUCCUCGCAGUUUGCUCCUGGGGGAGCGCUGCUGAGUCUGGCUCCCAGCGCCCUGGGCAGUGCGCUGAGUCCGGCCCUUAUGAGCAACAGCACGCUGGCCACCAUCCAAGCUCUGGCCUCCAGCGGCAGCCUUCCCAUCACCUCCCUGGACGGCAGCGGAAGUCUGUUCUUCGCCAAUGCCAGUGCCGGCAGCACUCCCAACCUGGUGACGGCUCCGCUUUUCCUCAACCCUCAGAACCUGUCCCUGCUGACCAGCAACCCGGUUAGCCUGGUGUCUGGGGCCGGGGCCGGGGCCCUUAACCUGCAGGUCACCGCGGCGACCGCGCACGGUGAUGCCCAGCAUAGCAGCGGGACCGUCACCACGGCGCCCACCACCACUCUCACCACUGCCUCCAAGGCCCAAUGAACUCGUGGCCACGCCCCUCGUGCGUGUCCUCCUCCCUUCCCCGCCUCCUUUCUCCUUAUUUAAUACUUCUGCUGCCACCAAAAAGAAAAAACCUACUGAAUUUAUUUUUUUAUAUAAGGCUUUAUUCUCUACAUCUUUAU